UUUCCUUGCCCCUUUUGUUCUGAUUUUCUUCCUCCCCAAGCAGAACUUUCUCUCUCAUUCCCCCUAUUUUUCCUCACUUUCCCAUCGAUUUCUCUCCCAAAAACCCUAACUUUCGUUCAAUAAUCAAAUCCCAAUCAGAUUUUCCCAUUUCUUUUCCUCAAAUUAUUCAGCGAUGUUCGUAUCUAGGGUUUUAGCUCGCGUCUCCAGAACCAUCCCCAGGAGUUCUCUGCUCCUCUCUUCCCCACAAACUCACCACUUUCCGAGCUUUUCCAAUCAGUUUCACUCUAUCAUCAACGAAUCUCCAAACAAGUUGGUUCCUAGUCAGGUGUCUCUAUUCAAUUUGAGUUCUUCCCAUCUUCAAAGAUUUGGAUUUGCUUCAUCUGCAUCUCCUGAGGCUGAGAAGGAAAAUGGGACAAAUGCAGAGAACAAUGGUGAGUCUGUGAAAACCGAGAGAGACGCCAAAGUCUCUGAUCAAACUGAGAGUGAAGUAGCUGAUCAGGCAAAAGAAUCAGGUUCUAUGUUUGAAUCUCAGUCUACCAUGUCUCAAACUGUUAAGAGACGGAGAAGAGGUACUAAACGAACUGCGUUUUCUGAUUUAGAUUCCGACGAGGAUAACCUGACUAUGGAUGAUCUGGUGAAGCUUGUGGCCGAGAAGGAAGAGCUUCUGAAGUUGAAGCACAAGGAGAUUGAGAAGAUGCAAGAUAAGGUCCUCAGGAGCUAUGCGGAAAUGGAGAAUGUCAUGGACAGGACGCGUCGUGAAGCAGAGAAUUCAAAGAAAUUUGCUAUUCAGAGUUUUGCAAAGAGUUUACUUGAUGUUGCAGACAACUUGGAAAGAGCUUCUUCGGUUGUCAAAGAGAGUUUUGCAAAGAUUGAUAAGUCGAAGGAUUCAUCUGAAGCUACACCGCUUCUUAAAUCACUUCUAGAAGGUGUUGAAAUGACAGAGAAACAACUUUCAAAGGUGUUUAAAAAGUAUGGAAUGGAAAAAUAUGACCCUACAAAUGAGCCAUUUGAUCCACACAGGCAUAAUGCAGCAUUCGAACUGCCGGAUGCUUCCAAGCCUCCUGGGACUGUAGCUAUUGUUCUGAAGCCGGGAUACGUGCUUUAUGAUAGAGUUAUUCGGCCAGCUGAAGUUGGCGUAACUCGAGAGGUGGCGAAUGAUGCAGCUGAUAAGGAAUAACUGUAACAAAGAUACAGCUGCUGAGGAAGGCUCUCAAGUUUGAAGAGAGUGAGUGAACUUGGCUUCCGGAUAUCGAACAGGAAAUUUUGCAUGCGUCUGAGAGAUGUAUCAAGUAUAAUUAUUUUUCUACUUAGAUAAGCUAUGAUGGUUUUCUCCAUCACAAAAUAUAGAACAAUUAUUUUUUUUUCCUUGCCCUUCAAUAAUAUCUGCUUCUGUUAUUUAUUGUUUUGUCGUAGAAAGAUUGCCCUAUGGUGGGUUAUCUUUUGAUUUCCUUUACGAGUAUAAGGUGGAGGGCAUGGCUAUGAGUGUUAAACGAGCGCAGAUGGUACAAAAGACCUGGACAGUUUGAAAUUUUUUGGUGGUUCGGAGUUUGCCGAACAAAGGCGGUUUGAAUUUGAACGAUGAACGAUACAGAUCGAUUUUUCUAUCAUCCAAUCUAAAAUUUGAUAGGCUCUUGGAAGUUGGUUUGGUUAGUUAAUGAGAGUGUGAUCGGGUAGGAAUAUUGUUAGACGGCUUUAGGUGUUGGUUUUGUUAGUCUUAACUGCUAGUAGUGGUUAGAAGAGAAUGAGAAGUAUAAAAGGGAGGGAUUAGUGGUUAGAGAGGUAAUGUCUGAUUAGUUAGAAAAUUUGGGAAAACUUGGGAGAAUUCGUGCUCUCUAAUACCACCAUUGUUAGGAUUUACUUUGUAAU